UAUAAAACUGGAUGAAUUCAAGCAAGCAUGUUUGGUUACGGUUCAAAACUGUCGAGUCUUUGCUAGUUUUACACCAACAUAAGAAGCAAACAGAAUCAAUCUUCGUUAUUCGCAGAGAUGGAAGCUGGAGAUGUAACUCACCACAAGGAGAAAAAGGAUAAGGAACACACCGGCGAGGCCAAAUCGGCAAAGGAAAAAAAGGACAAGAAAGAGAAGAAGGACAAGACCAAGGAAAAGAAGGAGAAGGUUGGGGAGGCGACCGAUGCGGCCAAGCUGAGGGCAAAGCUAGAGAAGAUCGAUGUGAAGAUCGACGACUUAAAGGCGAAAAAGCAGGAGAUUGUGACACGGCUGCAGGAGCUCGAGGGCGCUGCUGCCAAUGUAGCAGCAUAG